CUGACAGUUAGCUACUCGCUAAAUUUACGUCACAAAAGUCGUAGAAUAAUUUGUAGCGCAACUAUUAAUUUUCUUUGUGAAUGUGUAUAGUUUUAUAAGUGCUUACGCAAUGGCUGAUAACAGAGAAGCGAGGACAAAGGACGAUGACAACAGACUAAAGCCUGCGAUAAGAAGUCACCAGCGCACACCAUCAGGCUCCCGCGACUUCAAGGAGGCGACCAAGAGAGAUGCCCUCGCUCGCCUGGAGGUGGAGUUGGAGCGACUGGUGGGAGCGCUGCCGGAGUGCAGGAGGAACCACGUGGAGAAGGAACUCCGGGGCUUCAAGAACCUCUUCAGUAGAUUCUUGGCUGAACAGGGCCCUUCCGUAACAUGGGAGAAGAUACAAAAACUCCCAGAAGGCGCGGUCAUAGACUACUCCACUCUAGAAACGCCCACCACAGACAAUAUCCACCACAUGCUGGACAAACUGGUGGUGGUCAAACUCAACGGUGGUUUGGGCACCUCCAUGGGUUGCAAGGGCCCCAAGUCGGUCAUCCAAGUGCGAAAUGAUCUGACCUUUUUGGAUUUAACUGUACAGCAAAUUGAGCACCUGAACAAAACGUACAAAUGCAACGUGCCACUGGUGCUCAUGAACUCGUUCAACACUGACGAGGACACGCAGAAGGUCAUCCACAAGUACAAGGGGCUCAAGCUGGACAUCUACACCUUCAACCAGUCCUGCCACCCGAGGAUCAACCGGGAGUCUUUGCUGCCUAUCGCCAAAAACCCUGACGUGCAUAGUGAUAUUGAGGCCUGGUACCCCCCAGGUCACGGUGACUUCUACGAAUCCUUCAACAACUCUGGACUCCUCCAAAAAUUCAUCAAAGAAGGCAGAACUUACUGUUUCAUAAGCAACAUCGAUAACUUAGGCGCUACCGUCGACCUCAACAUACUCAACCUCUUACUGAAUCCAGAGCAGAAAGCUUCCUCUGAAUUCGUCAUGGAAGUGACUGACAAAACCAGGGCUGACGUCAAAGGAGGCACCUUAAUCCAAUAUGAGGAUAAACUGAGGCUAUUGGAAAUUGCCCAAGUUCCCAAAGAACAUGUAGACGAUUUCAAAUCUGUAAGCCAAUUCAAGUUUUUCAAUACUAACAAUUUGUGGGCAAAACUAGAUGCAAUUCGGAGAGUUGUGGAUCAGGGGUCUUUGAACAUGGAGAUAAUUGUUAAUAACAAAAGUUUGCCUGAUGGGGUCAAUGUGAUUCAAUUGGAGACAGCUGUGGGGGCAGCCAUGAAGUGCUUUGAUGGUGGGAUCGGUGUUAAUGUCCCAAGAAGUAGAUUCUUGCCUGUUAAAAAGACAUCGGAUCUUUUGCUUGUUAUGUCCAACUUAUAUAGUCUAUCCCAUGGGUCUUUGGUGAUGUCUUCGCAAAGGAUGUUCCCCACAACGCCGUUGGUCAAAUUGGGUGAUAACCAUUUCGCCAAAGUGAAGGAGUUCUUGAAUAGGUUCGCGACGGUCCCUGACUUGAUUGAGCUGGACCAUUUGACUGUUUCUGGUGAUGUUACGUUUGGCAGAAAAGUGGCUUUAAAGGGUACCGUCAUUAUCAUAGCGAACCACGGCGACCGGAUCGAUAUCCCCUCGGGAGCUGUUCUCGAGAACAAAAUCGUUUCCGGCAAUUUACGGAUAUUGGACCAUUAAUUAUACAAGGCUUGGUUACUCUUGAGAUUGUUGUGAUUCUGUAGGUCUAAGAUCAUUUAUCUCGAAACGAGACGAAGACAAACGUCGACCAAUAGCGUCUGAAUCGAAAACAUCGCUCUGCUUUCGUUGUGUUGGGACGAAAGAUAUUUCAACUCCUUCGUAUUGGUCGCAAUAUUUUAGUUCGUGUAGUGUAAUAAAAAAAAAUAGAACAGGUUCAAAUCAAAAAUUAUUUUAAACAAAUUUUUUUAGCCUGAAAUGGCAGUUUUAUAUUAUGUAAAAAAUACGGUUUUAAAGUUAUAAAUAUUAAAAUAUAUAUAAGGUUUGUGGAUUAUUGAGAGAAAAUAUUUAGAUAUAAGUAAAUAUACGUGAAAAAUGUUGUCCCAAAAGCACAAAAUAGCAGCUUAGUUAAUCUUAUUUUUAAGGGUUUAUUUAAAUUGUAGGUGUAGAAUGUAGAAAAUAAUUGUAAUUUGAAAAAUCGUAAUAUUUUUGUUAUCACAAAUUUAUUUUCAGCAGAUAUUUAUUUAUUUAUGUUUAAAUUGUAGAUUUUAUUUACGAUUUUUUUUUAAUUACUAGUUGUGUGCCAUGUAAUUAGUUUUUUUGUGUUUUUUUUUCGUGUUCGUGAAAUUUUUAUUUAUGUAUAUAAUGUUAAAUUAUGUAAUAUGUUUUUUUAAUUCUAUUUAUUUCCAAUUUAUUCUAGUUCAGAAUGUUUUUGAGUAAUCAGGAAAUAUAAAAAAUUAAAUUUUAAAGUAUAAAAAUAUCUAUAAGAUAAAUAAUUUGUUCAUAUAUUUACUGUGAAUUAAAAAUCACCAAAAAAUGUUUGUAAUUUAAAGUAAGUUUUAGAUCUAUUUUUAUCUAAACUUUUUGAAUUUCAGGUAUAAAAUAAUAUAAUAAUGAUGUUGAAGCGAAAAAUAUUCAUUUUAUAAUAAGUAUUUAACAGGAUGUAUGUAUGAUACCUUUGCCUGCCAACGGGGCCAAAUUAAUAAAAUUAUUUUAUGGUCCGUAUUGUUGGAAUCAUAAUAAAUUAUUAUUAAAAGUCAAUACAUUUUUGAGUUUAAAGUAGUUUUUUCAAAAAACCUUUAUCGAUAAAGUUCUUAAUUAGAUUUAGUACUUAUAUGUAUUAUCGUUUUAUAUAUUUUGUAUAAAUAGAUAUACGUAAUAUAGCUUUGGAAAUGGUUAA